AUGAUCUCUACUAUGAACAACCAAACAUAUGGGGUCACACCACCCAUAUCACUAUCCAAUCCAACGGCAAAAGAAAAUGAAUUAAACGAUUUAUUGAUUAAAGAAUUGAAAGCAAGAAAGUCUUUUGAAAGUGAAGCUGCCACCAGAAAAAGAGUUGAAGUUUUGAACAUACUCCAAAAAUUAACAGAAGAUUUCGUGUAUAAAGUCUCGAUGCUGAAGAAUAUGUCAGAGGGAAUGGCGAAAGACGCAGGUGGAAAAUUGUUCACAUUUGGAUCAUAUAGAUUGGGGGUUUAUGGACCAUCGUCAGAUAUCGAUGCUCUUGUGGUCUUACCCCGUCAUAUCACCAGAGAGGAUUUCUUCACAGUUUUUGAACAAUUGCUUAGAGAAAGAUCAGAAUUAGAGGAAAUAAAUAGUGUUCAGGAAGCUUUUGUGCCCAUAAUUAAACUAGAGUUUGCAGGAAUAUCAAUUGAUUUAAUAUUUGCAAGACUAGACAUUCCAAGAGUUCCACGAGAUUUAACAUUAACGGAUAAAAACCUUCUUAAGAAUAUCGAUGAAAAGGAUUUAAGGGCUUUGAAUGGAACUAGAGUUACAGAUGAAAUUCUAACAUUGGUCCCAAAACCUACGGUUUUCAAACAUGCAUUACGUUUUAUAAAAUUAUGGGCGCAGCAAAGAGCUAUAUAUGCGAACGUAUAUGGAUUUCCAGGUGGUGUAGCAUGGGCGAUGUUGGUAGCAAGAAUAUGCCAAUUAUAUCCCAAUGCUGUAAGUGCUGUUAUAGUGGAAAAAUUUUUUCAAAUAUAUUCAAAAUGGAGCUGGCCCCAACCCGUUCUUUUGAAACAAAUUGAAGAUGGUCCCCUACAAGUCAGAGUUUGGAAUCCAAGGCUAUAUCCUAUGGACAGGCAACACAAAAUGCCAGUGAUAACUCCUGCGUAUCCUUCUAUGUGUGCUACUCAUAACAUAACCAAUUCAACGCAAAAGAUCAUUUUAAGCGAAUUCAACAGGGGGGUAGAUAUUAUGAAUGGUAUUUUGUCAGGGUCAAAAAGCUGGUCGGAUUUAUUGGAAAGACACGAUUUUUUUCAUAGAUACAAAUUUUACCUAUGUGUUGUAGCCGGAACCAAGUCAAACUAUGAGGAGCAUCUCAGAUACAGCGGAAUGGUGGAAAGUAAAGUUAGGCUACUAGUACAGAAAUUGGAAGCUGUGGAAGGUGUUGAGCUAGCUCAUCCCUAUGUCAAGUCUUUUGAAAAUGGCUACAUUUGCAAGUCUGAAGAUGAAGCUCUGAUGGUCUUGAAUAAUUAUGGAACUAUUGCAGCUGACGAAAUAGUUAAAUCACUAACGUCGACAAAAGACGAAAAACAACUUAAAGAAGGGGAAAUAGAAUUGAACCUCACCAAGCUAUAUAUUGGGCUCAAGAUACAUCUUCUGAAAGACGGGGACAAAAAGCUAGAUAUUCAACAUCCUUGCGCAGAUUUUUUCAGUAUUUGUAAAAGCUGGUCGGACUUUGAUGCAUCAAAACAUUUCCUUCAAAUAAGAAAUGUAAAACUUUACGAUCUAGCCGCCGAUGUUUACGUUGAAGGUGAGAAGAGACCUGCAAAAGCUGCCAAGAGAAAACGGGCAGUCUCAAAAACAGAAGCAACUAAGAAAGCCAAAAGUGUUGAGACUAUAGCUUCAGCAGGUUGA